ACUACUGAGCCACCCAGGCAACCCCGAAAUCUGCAUUUUCUAAAAAAUCAGGUUGAGGUAUAAUGUACAUACAGAAAAACGCACCUUCUUUUGGCGUGCGGUUUUGAGUUUUGACAAAUGUAUACGUCACAUAACCACCACAGUUGAGAUAUACAGCAUUUCAUCACCUGAAGAGGUAGAUUCCUGGCACUCCUUUAUGGUCAAUCCCUACCCUCUGAACCCAAACCCUGACAACAAUUGAUCUGAUUUCUUUCUUUGAAGUUCACCUUUUCCAGAACUUGGCCUUUUGUGUCUGGCUUCUUUCACUUAGCAUGAUGUUUUCAAAAUUCACCUACGUUGUGCCACAGGCAUUUAAAAAAAAAAAAAAAUCCCUUAUGGAAAAUCCCAAACAUAUAAGUCAAGGAUCUCUGUCUGACGCCGAAUUUCAAGUUACCAACUCAUGGCCCGCUCCGCAAUUUCCUCUGUAAGCAUUUUGACGUGUACCUUGAAAAAUCAAAACUUUUUUUUGUCUUAACGAUAAUACUAUUAUUCCACUUCAGGUAAAAUCUUUUCGCAAGACUACUUCAUACUAGAUGGUGCGUACUUCCUAUCUCGGCGCAUUCGGAGGCACAGAAGGUCUGAGGCUCCCGGAUUUUGAGCCCUGCGCAGCUCAGGGGAUCUAAUCCUCCUAAACAUAAUCUUAAGGGGGCGGGGCCGUCUCGCAGGUGUAGCCAGUGCGCGUGCGCGGAGAGGCGCACCGUCUCGGCCGCCGUAGUUCGCCUUUCCACGUGGGUGCCUCGUAGUCAUGGCGGCUUUUCGGAAACCAGUGCUGCUCGGACUUCGAGACAGUGCAGUGCGCGGCCGCCCCACGGGGCCGGGCGCCUGGACUGCUAGCAAGCUGGGCGGCCUUCCGGACGCCCUGCCGGCGGUAGCAGCGCCGAGGCCAGUGUGUGAACGUUGCAGGCAGCCUCUUGCCCUGGUCGUGCAGGUGUACUGUCCCCUGGAAGGCUCCCCGUUUCACCGGCUACUGCACGUGUUCGCUUGCCCCUUUCCCAGGUGCGGCCGCGGCGGGACGCGCAGCUGGAAGGUGUUUCGUUCCCAGUGCCUGCAGAUGCGAGAGAGGGAGGCGCAGGACGCUCAGAAACAGGAAAAUGGCCUUGCAGCAGAGGAUUGGUGUGAAGGUGCAGGUGACUGGGGAAGUGACAGUGAGGAGGCGCCGCCACCACAGCUUACCUUGGAUUUUGGAAAUGAUUCCAGUAGUGCCAGAGACAUAGACUGUACUGCCCAGCUCCAAGAUCUCCACCUGCAGGAUGCUGUCCCGGGCGCUGCUUCUCCUGUUUCUCCUGGGGAGGAGAUGGCCUUGCCUUCUGAGGUGCCACAGUUCCUGCCAUAUUACAUCUGUGUUGUGGAUGAGGAGGAUUACAGGGACUUCGUCAGCCUAGAGCAUGCUCAUAGCCUUCUGAGGGAGUAUCAACAGAAAGAAGGAAUGGAUAUGGAACAGUUGCUUUCCCAAAGUCUUCCUAGUGAUGGUGAUGAAAAAUAUGAGAAGACCACAAUUAAAAGUGGAGAUAAGAUAUUUUACAAAUUCAUGAAGAGAAUUGCUGCUUGUCAGGAGCAGAUUUUGAGGUAUUCCUGGAGUGGAGAACCACUUUUUUUGACCUGCCCUACAUCAGAAGUCACUGAGCUCCCAGCCUGCAGCCACUGUGGAGUCCAAAGGACAUUUGAGUUUCAGCUUAUGCCAGCACUGGUCAGCAUGCUCAGAAGCACUAAUUUAGGUCUUUCUGUAGAAUUUGGAACAAUUCUAAUUUACACAUGUAAGAAGAGUUGCUGGCCUCAAAAUCAUCAGACUCCCAUGGAAGAACUUUGUAUCCUACAAGAAGACCCAGAUGAAUCAUUAUUUAAGUAGAGCAUUUCCCUUUAUUUAUAUAAAUUAAAGUAAAUUUUAGUGUCCA